AUGAAUCCCGACGCCCUUGCAGCUCUUCUCGUCUGCUCGCUGUGUCGCUCGACGUUGAAGCACCCGACGACGCUGCGAUGUGGUCACACUCUCUGUGGCGGUCACGUGAAGUACCGCAAUGUCUGCCCCUUGGAAUCCUGUUCAAACGAUUCUUCUUCUUCACGUCCGAAUAUCCCAAGUACGUCUCGCGUAGCUUAUCACCCGCCGCCGGAGUCGUCGCAGCAGCGGGAGCAGCCCCCCGCCCUCAGCUCGGAACGAAAGGUCGAUGUCGUAGUUAAUAAGCUACUAGCUUUGGCGCGCCGUGGUUUGUCACCGACAGAAACGAACGAGCGGACGCCGACGCCGGACCACAACGACAGCGAUUCCGACGAUGGGCAGUCCUCGACACGUCCUCGAAAACGACGGCGAAGGCAUCUAAGGUCCCCCUCACCGCCUUCGCAGCCGUCGGCAUCGACUUCUAACGCCCGCCAUGAUUCGCCUGAAUCCGAAUUCGACCUACUUUCGCAUCUACGACAUAGCAGUGCGCUGCAUCGCUCGAUACGACCAAACGAACCCUUACCCGAUAUACCGUCGCAACCCGAGACCCCCACACCCGACGACACGCGUUUCGAUAAGGAGCUAUUGACUGAAUUGACCUGCGAGAUAUGUUUUCAGCUCCUUUACGAGCCAUUGACCACACCAUGCCAACAUACGUAUUGCACAAAAUGCCUACAUCGUUCACUCGAUCAUAGUCCAUCAUGCCCCUUGUGCCGCCAGGACCUCCCUGAUUAUGCCUAUUUCCAAGAACAUCCAGAGAAUACAAUGAUACGAACAAUCAUAUUACAGGCGUUUCCAGAAAUCUAUGAGGAGCGAAAGGCGACUAUUGAGGCCGAGGAACGCGAUGCAAGACUCGAUACUCCCAUCUUCGUAUGUCAACUCAGCUUUCCAGGGAUACCCACUUUUCUCCACUUUUUCGAGCCAAGGUACCGACUUAUGCUUCGUCGAUGCCUCGAGUCACCUCACCCUUGUUUCGGCAUGGUCAUGCCACCGCGAUCUGGCUUCAGCAACGCUCCAAAUUCUGCCAAUGCUGGCAUCACCAUCGAGUAUGGUACAAUGCUGGAGAUCCGCAGCGUGCAGAUGUUAAAUGACGGAAGAAGCAUGGUAGAGACCUUCGGCACGCAUCGGUUUCGGAUAUUGGAAAAGGGUUUGCUUGAUGGGUAUGUUGUGGGCAGGGUGGAACGUAUAGACGAUGAGGAGAGCGACUUCGGGGAGGAGGAGGAGAGCGACUUUGAAGACGAUAAUGAAGACGAAGGAACGAUAGACGAAUUGAUCCACGCAGUUGGGACAGGGCUUGAGCCACUGUCGCAUGCAAGGGAUCCAUCCAGCACCGUUUCCACAGUCUCCACUUCCGCCGAUAGCUCUUCCCCCGGGCGACUACUGCGCAGAAUAGCUUCUUCUUUCUCAGCACCACCCCCCACUCGUUCAUACCGCCCCUCCUUCGAUGGUCCCUCUACCCUGGAACUCAUGGACACCUGCAAAACUUUCCUGCAAGAAUUGGAACGAGGGACAGCUCCCUGGGUUGUUCAGCGGUUGAAUAAUGCGUAUGGUUUGCCGCCGACGGACCCUGCACCAUUCAGCUUUUGGGUUGCUUUGGUCCUUCCCAUAGAGGAAUCCGAAAAGGCAAAGCUCCUACCCAUCCGGAGUGCUAGGCUUCGCCUACGCGUCGUUGUGGGCUGGAUCGAGCAGUUGAGAGGCAAUUGGUGGUUCACCAGCGGCUGUACAAUUCUCUGA